AUGCCGCACGAAGGCUAUUACGAAGCCUCUUUGCGUCCGCCGGCCUUGGAUGAUGCGCCGGCGGCGAAGGACUGGGGGGAAGUCCUCCUCGACCGCGUCGCUUACAUGGUCGACAAGAAAAACCAUACUUCCGUCAACCUUCAAUUCAAGAGGGAUCUGGACGGCAAGGAGGUGGAUCUGUGGGUCACUCUGUGCUUCGCCCGGCCGCCUCGUCUCUCCUAUUUCUGCUGCCACGCCUCCUGCCCCAACGACAAAGAAGAAGACACCCGCUUGUUCUUCCGCGAGCCUUUCGUGUUCGCCACGGAGGGUAACCUCGCCGUCAUCACCCUCUGCCACGGGCGCAGCCGCCCCUCCGCCUUCGGGUCCAAGAAGAACAACUACGAAUACUUGGUGUACCAGGCACCAUCCUCACCGGCGGGGAAGCCGGAGCUCAUCUGGGUCCCGCACAUCCCCGCCAGCAUGUUGCCAAGCACGGGAGUCGACUGCAUCCCUUCCAGCUCGAUUGGUGUCGUGCGUUACAACAGCAACAUUUUCACCCAUGCUCACCCCCACAAAAUCCCCCUCGCGCCCCCUGCCCCCAUCCUCAGCCCUGCCGUUGCACUUGCCCGCCCCAAAAGUUUCCCUUCCACGCCCCCAACCUCCGUCCUCAGCCCCUCCGUCGCCGCCCUCCCCAAGGAGGAUGAGGACUUCGAUGCCCACAGAAUCGUAGCGCUUGCCUACGACUAUUUCCACGACUCUGGCAAUAGCCCACAUGGCCCAUACUACCUGUGCAUCUACGACUCCAAAACCCAGGUUUGGACCCGCAAGCCAGCUGCUAUUCCACAGCCGCUGCUGCCAUUCGACUAUAUCUGCGACAUCGACAUGGUCAUCACCAUCGGUGGCUCCAGCCGUGGCAUCAUGGGCUGGGUCGACCUCUGGAAUGGCAUACUAUUCUCUGACGUGCUUGCAGACCACACACCCUACAGCCCGCUUCGCUAUGUCUCCCUUCCGAAGCCAAGGCAGCCGCAAAAUUGCCUCCCUAUUCCCCUGGACAUUGGAUGCCGCUUUCGGGACAUUGUCUUUGUCAAAGACUCUGGCAUCAUCAGGUUCGUUGACCUGCAGAUCCACACCGACCCCAACAUCCCUUACUCAGAAACCCCUAGUGGCUGGACGGUGGUCACAUGGAUCCUGGAGGGGCUCAAUGAGGGUUUGGAAACCCGGGGUGGUUUGAGCUUCCGGCAGGAGCACGAACUCCGUUCUAGUGAUAUCUCCAACUACAACUUGCCCCAGUCUCUAUUUGUUACCAACCCCAUUCUCAGCGCCCAUGAAGAUGGCUUCUUGUACCUCAGGACCAAUGUCAGUAGCAGAACCAGCAGCAACUCGAGAGUGAUCACUGUUGACAUCAAGCAUGGGAAGCUGCUGGAUGUGCAGGACUUCGAUAUGCAGAGACCCAACACCUACAUGCGCACCGCCAUCUCCAGCCAUCUCAUGCCCCCAGGCGACAGUGCCUCAGUGAUCCUCUCGCAAGAAGCCACAGCAUCAGCUUGCCAUCACUACUAA